AUGAGUAGCCCGUUCGGGAAUAGCAGAAACCCUUUCUCCCGGCGCCAACAUUCAACCACCCCAAGCCAUUUUGAAUCCCUUCAGGAUGGAUCACCCGGCCAUGAUGACGACUAUUCGCUUCCUAGCUAUGACUAUACCGAGGAUAGCUCCCAACCUAACAGACCCGAAUCUACGCCCGGCUAUCGCAAGCCUACCGAAGCUUCUAAAAAGAAACGCAGAUCUGAUAUCGUUCCCCGAAGCGGCAGAGGCGGGGAACCAAUGUUUCAUUCUACACCCGAUUCUAUUAGCCCCAAGGGCCCAUGGAAACCUGCUGGCAAGGCAGCACCUCACAGUGACCUCCACAACCCCUUGGGCUUUCGGAGGUCUUCAACGUCCGUUAGUUCACUUGCAGGAAAACCUAACGCCGGAUUUCGUACCCCGACUACCAGUAGUUACGGCUCGCUAACACCAUCUUCAACACCCACACGAAAGCGGUCUUUUAACUUGCCGCUCAUGGCAGUGCUGCCAAGGAUAGAGCGGCGACGGAGCGGGUUGAAUCAGAGUCCCCUUGCAGCAUCAGCUGACGACGUCACUAACAUCGAUCGGUCUAAAUUAGGACGGCUUUCGGCUGAAAUGUCUGGGAUCCGUUUGAAACGUCCGGAUCGUAGGUUAUCUAUGUCCGUGGAUUCUGAGACUAUGCGCGAGACAUUGAAAUGGAGAGAGAGUCAACGCAGCUAUCAUGGUAUGAAUAGCCCGCCUCCAGAACUCGCGGAUGUGAUGAAUGGGAAUGGUUAUGGGAGUCCGUCGAAUGAAGUGGAGGGAUAUGGAUACUAUGAUGUACAGCAUAAGAGGUUAUCACAACCAACUUAUCAGCUGAACGACACCAACGCCGACUCAGAAGAAGAAGGAGAUGAACGCAAUCCCCCACAAACCGUUCAUAUGAAUCACCAGUCUGCUUCCGAUAGUCCAUCCUCCAACAACGCUGUCGCCUCGCCUACCCUCUUCCCAUCCGCCUUACCCUCAACUCCUGACAUCAUCCUCCCCCGCCUGUCCUUCGAACACCGACGCACGCACUCCCUGCGCGAAAACCCAUACGUGCAAAAGCUCUCCGAAGAAGUCUCAUCCCUAAAAGCCACCCUCGCGAGCAAAUCCCAAGCGCUCUUUGACCAAGAAGCAAAGCACCAAGAAGAAAUCGCCAUUCUCUCCUCCAAACUCUCUCCCUCUCCCUCCCCCAACCCACUCACAGCCUCCGAAACCGCUCCCAGCUGGCAAACCCUCUACCACCAAAAAUGUCUUGACAACGCUAAACUCGUCUCUGAUAUGAAAGAUCUGCGCAUCGAACUAGAGAAAAACUACCGGCCUAAGCUAAAACGCGAGAACGAGCGACUGCAAAAAGAUAUCUGGGAUGCGCGAGACUUCGCCUCCUUACUCGAACAAACCGUGCAAACAUUCCAAUCACAAGCGCAGACUUGGGAAGCUGAAUAUAAAGCCCUUGAAUCCCGCUCUAAAAUUUCGUCUGCGCAAAAAGACUCUCGGAUUGCGGAGCUGGAAGCCGAAAUGAGUGGUGUUAUCGCUGAGUAUUACAGGAACGUGGGGCAUGAGCAGAAGGACGAGGUUUUGUAUUUGAGGACGAAGAUUCAGGGGUUAGGACAUACGCUUGAUGGACUGCUGAGGGAGAAUAAGAAGGUGGCUACGGAGAGAGAUGAAUGGGGUAAGGCUGUGAAAGCAAUGAUGGAAAGGGGGGAAAGGCUUCCUUCUGGCUACACUGCACCACGUCCGUUCUCCUUUACUACCCGCAAGCCGAAUUUCGAAAGCGAAGCAGAAAUUGCAGAGCGCAACGAAUACCUUGCGCAGGUGAGAGAAACGCAGGAGGCGAAGAGGGAGCGGGAAGACGCGUUGUGCGACUUACUAGAGAAAGCGAGGAGGUUUAAGAUGGGCGAUAGGUAUCCUCCUAUUUGGAAGGGGUUUGAGGAAGUGAGGAGGAUGGAGGAGUGGGAGAGGUGGGAGGUAGAGCGGUAUUUGGAGGUUGCGCCUAUGGAAGAUAGGCUAGCGGCGGAGAGUGUGAGUAAGGAGUUUAGAGAGAGGAAUAGGGUUUCGGAGUAA